GUCGCAAGGCAGGAAUAAAUCUUUUCAGUUUCCACUACUGUAUUGAGUAUUCAAAUUUUUCGUUUCGAAUUUAAUGUUUGCAUGCUUUACAACUUACAAGUGUUCUUAUCGUCUAGACAUAAUUCUGGAUUUCUGAUCCUUUGUGUUUUCGAGGUUUAUUAAACCUUAUUUAAGAAUGGAUCCAAAGGCCGCAUCAUCCGGAGGACCCGUGCAGCUUGCGAGGCAGUACGUCCGAGAUUACUUGUUACCCGAACGAUGUGUGGAGGAAUUCUUUGACAAACUGAAUUUUCUCGACGUUGAUUGCUUGAAAAUUCUGAUCAGUAAAGGGCUGGGCUAUGGGAUCGUUGUCGGAUCUUCGGUUGUGAAGGUCCCGCAGAUCAUGAAACUUCUGGGAUCCAAAAGUGGCGCUGGAAUUAGUCUGACCAGUGUGUUUUUGGAGAUGUUUGCGCUCACCACGACACUCGUUUAUAGUGUACAUUACCAAUUUCCAUUCAGUGCAUGGGGAGAGAGCUUGUUUCUGAUGCUCGAAACAGCUCUGAUCGCAAUUUUGGUGCUUUUGUAUCGGGGAAAAUCCGCUGCCGCGUUGAUCUAUACUGUAAUUCAAAUAUCGAUCACAGCUUUGCUGCUCUCUGGGUUGGUGCCGGAAAAGCUACUGAAAGUGAUGCAGUCAUUCCAAAUUGUUCUGGUUUUGAUGAGCAAAUUGUUGCAAAUCGUGGAAAAUCAGAAAAACAAAAGCACCGGGCAAUUGUCCGCUGUAACUGUGUUUUUGCUCUUUGCCGGCAGUGUAGCGAGGGUGUUCACAUCGAUACAAGAGACCGGAGAUGUGCUGGUUAUUUUGUCGUACAUCGUAUCCAGCUUGGCGAAUGCCGUUUUGUGUGGACAGAUUGUGUAUUUCUGGAAUGCUCCAGUCAAGACUAAGCGGGGAUAUCAGAAGAAAACCCAGUAGAGCAGUUUUUAGGCAUUGUACGAGUAGUUUCUGCUUCCAUUUUCUGGGAAGGAUGUUGGAUUCAGAGUCCUGAUUGUUGGGAUGUUGACCUCGAAGCCCUGAUUGUUGAUUGUAUUUUAUAAUACUGUGGUAUUCAUUUAGUGUACUUUAGU